UUGUUGAAUGUUUGUAAACAUUUUAGCGUAAUGUACUUUAAAUUUCGGGAUAAUGUUUUAUGCUUUUAAUAAUUCAUGCAAAUUUCAUAUGUAUUAGGUUUUAGUAUCACAGAUAACAUUGUUCUCUGAUUGAGUUUUCAUUAAAUUAUUAUAUAAUAAUGAAAUGGAAGGACUAACUCUAGCUAUGCUUUAUUGCUAUCUUUGAAAUUAUGCAGUUUAUUAAUUGUAGGGUUCAAAACAUUUUAGGGAAUAUAAAUUACCAUCAGUUGGGAAAAAAAAGAGGUGAAUGAGAUACAAGAAGGAUAUUUGGAAAAACAAUUUUAUUUAGUGUCAUCCUUUAAUAUAUCAAUAUAUUAACAAUGCAAAGAGAACGCUUAUUUCCUUGUAAAGAAUGUGGAAAAAGUUUUCAUCAAAUGAAUCAACUUCGACAACAUAUGAUCAUUCAUAUGCCAGAAGAAGAACGGCCAUUCAGCUGCUAUAUAUGUGGCAGGAAAUUCAACAGACUUCAUCAUUUAAAACUUCAUUUAAUGGUUCAUUUAGGACAAAGUCCACAUGUGUGUGAUAUCUGUGGAAGAACCUGUAAUCAACUUAGUGAUUUAAAGAAACAUCAGAUGAUUCACACUGGUGAACGGCCUCAUACUUGUCAUAUAUGUGGUAAAGGAUUUAUACAAGUUGGUGGCAUGAGGCGGCAUAUACAAAAACAUGAGGAGGAAGCAGAAUUGUCUUUGACCUGCAAAGUUUGUGGGAAGGAUUUUACAAAAAUAGGUUAUUUGAAAAAACAUAUGGUUACUCAUUCUGAAAAUAAGCCUUUCACAUGUGAGGUUUGUGACAAAACAUUUAGCGCAGAAGCUGGUUUGAAACAGCAUUUAUCUAUACAUAGUGGCGAAGAACCUCAUGUUUGUGAAGUCUGUGGCAAAUCUUUUAAAAGAAGUGGCAAUCUUGAAAAGCAUUUAGUUACUCACUCAGGUUCCUUACCUUAUAGCUGCAAUCAUUGUGGUAAACAAUUCCUACAAAUGGGAAGUUAUAAAAGACAUGCUUUAAAAAAUACUUGCAACAGAAAUGAACAGUUUGAAACUCUCGAUCCACUUCCCACAGACGAUGAAAUGUCGACAUCUGAGAGCGGUGAAAAUUUUACUGCAAGUCUCAGCAACAAUUCUUGGGUUGUGAAUGAUCAGAUUGUCAUUAAAACUGAGAUGUCUGAGGAAGAAAACAGUAUUAAGGAUGAAGAGACUUACAUGAUUGUCAUUAAUGACUCUAAUAUAGGAGAUAUUGCAGGUGACAUCAUUGAGGCUAUUUAAGAAAAUUCAAUAUCAUUUAAUGUUAUGUAUUUAAAAAAUUAAAAUGCAUUUUUUAAUUUGUACUUUA